AUAUAUAUAUGGCUGUGGCCAAGUGCAAUGGAUUCUAUUUACACUAAGUGAAAAUAGCAGUAUAUGUUAAUGAUAUGCUAUUUACACUAUGUUAAAGUAGCAGGAUUUUCUGCUAUUUAUACUACUUAUUGCAAAUAGUGGCAAUUAUCUGACUUCGGUAUUGUAGUACAUUAUAAAACAGUACGCAAUAACGUAUUGAGUGUAAAUUAUAAUUCUAAUUUAAAUUAUUAAAUGGAUGCAACCUCAUUGGGAUAAUAAAGCCCUCCCUACAACUACCCUAACCAAUACUUUAUUUCCAACUUUUUGAUUAUUUCCUUCAUUUUUAUUGAAGCUAAAUGCCUUUCCGAUGCGAUAUGAGAUUUGAAACGGGAGAAAAAAAGUUUGGCAAAACACGGUCUCGAACUCGGGUCGAUCACGUCAAAAAGCAUGCGUUUUAUGACGUACGCCACUGGAGACGAACUCUUGUAUACAUCUUUUAUAGUAUUGACUAUCCCAGUCACACGUUGGUGGGCAGAUUUAGUGUAAAUAGCUUCUGCCAAUAAGACGGGAUAUUUGCACUUAGUGUGAAUAGACACUCCGUUUUGGUAUACAACAAAACUCCCUGUUGAAGAACUUUGCAAUAAAUUUAUUUUCAUUAGUGUAUUUGUGCAUCCCGAGCUGAAUAGGUUUUAUAAUCAAUAGAGAACAAAACCAUAGAUUUCAUAUAAAUAUGUACUUUUAAUAAACACUUUACUAGAAAAAAAAAAAUGCUGUAUGAACGCAACAGUAGUUUCCUCUGCUGGACAACACCUGCCACCUUGUGGGGUAUUUUGACUUGAGUACUGUGCUGUUACAACAGUUAUGUGUCUGACAAAGCAAAUUAAUAAAUUAUUAACAAAUUAAUAAAUAUCCCUUGAUUUUAAUGAAAUUAAUAAAUAUACAAGAUCAAGAUGAUAAACAUUCCUGACACACCACUACAGUUAGAAUUAAUAACUGAACAUGAUAAUUAGAAAAUUAGAAAAUACUUUAAUAUUUAUAAUUGUUUAAAGUGUUUUUAAAGUAUUUGUAUUUAAAAUGUAAGAGUUUGUCCAAAUAAACCUCCUCUAUGAUGACUUUAGUACCAUGGACAGUAAAUCGUUGCAGGCUGUAGUGAUCCAAACAUGUUAUUUGUAGACGGUCCCUCAGAUGAGCGAUGACGUCACGACACUCCAUAGAGGUAAGCGUGUUUAUCAGCGUCUUUAAAACGUCGAGUUCUACAGAAAAAUGUGUUCUGCUUUGUGCUCAUAGUAGUCGGUAAUGAUAACUGACCGAAAUUAGCCUUUUUUGAUGCAGAUUAACAAAGUUAUUGAACGCGGAAGUCCGAAUGUGCGAAACCAACUUUACCCAAGUGUAUCUCUGUGGCUCCCAUUGCACAUCUGGCAGACAAAAGAAAAUCCCAUGAGUUGGAGAUGUGUAAGCUGAGAGUAGAGUGGCAAAAAGAGAAGACUGAUGAGCUGACCAAGGAGAGGGACUAUUUAAAAGAGCAACUGGUGUCAGCUCUUAAAAGAGAGGACACAGGUUCCAGCCAGGCUUCAGAUUCCUCUCAUGACAGCUCAGAUGAAUCUUCCUCUGAUACUGUGUCUGACUCCUCUACAUCCUCAGAGGAGGACAGGAAGAAAAAGAGGAUGAAAAAAAGGGGAAAGGAAAAAAGUAUGGGAAGAAGUCAAAGAAAAUGGAAAUGAAGACACGUCAGAGAGG